CACACAACUACGAUUUCUAUUGGUGGAUUUACCAGGUCUGCCGUCACUCCUUGCUCAAAGGUCCACAUUUAAAUAGAGUGGGUCAAACAUAACUGCUAACUGUUCGUCUUACCUGGCUGUGUUUCAGUAUCUUAACCGCAAUAAUGCCUAUUUUCGUUGUGCAUACCAAUGUGGCCAAAGAAGACGUCCCGCAAGAACUUUAUUCUGAGGCGACCGUGGAACUGGCCAAAGCCAUGCGUUUACCAGAAAAGUACUUUUGCAUCAACAUCAUCGGAAGCCAGACCAUGACUUUUGGGGGAACAUCAGAGCCAUGUGCCCACUGUGACAUCCGUACUAUUGGGAGAAUUAGUGAGGAACAGAACAUGAAGUACUCGAAACUGUUGUGUGGAUUGCUGAAGAAACACCUUGGUGUUCCAUCUAACAGGAUGUACAUCGACUUCUUUGACUUCAAUCCCCAGAAUGUGGCCCAUGACAACUCAGUUUUCAGCGUGAUAUUAUCCACCAGCCCCAUACCUUUAUGUGAAUAACACCAAAAUGAUUUGGUAUCUCAGUUCCAGAUAUGUAAUAAAAUUCAUUCAUCAAAUCA